UGCCGCUGCCGAGCGCGGGUGGUUUGAAUGGCUACAGCGCGCGCACUCCCCCCGGUUCGUACGGGCCCCAGCCUCCCGCGAGCAGUAGUGGGAAUAUGGCCUCUUCAGAUUUGGAAGAUUUAUGCUCUCACAUCAACACAAAGAUUUCAACUAUCAAAAAGACUCUUCAGUUAAGAAACAUGGGUCAGGAGCCAUCCUUGAAAUCUGUGCUCUGUAAAAUAGGACAUGAGAUGUUUCUCCUCAAUGGUCUCCUGAAUAAAAUGGAAAUAGAAGUUGAGCAUCAAGAAAAACUAAAGAAUUCGCUCAAGGAGAUGCAGGAGUCUAUUAAGAGGGACUAUAAUGAAGCACAGCACCUCCGUGAAAAUAUUCCUCCCCAUCUGCCCAAAGCAAUCCCAAAGUGCACUGUGGGACUAAUUGGGAAGUCUGAAGAACAAAGUAAAGUUGCAGAACCUGAAUGUGUAAAGAAACCCGCAAAAGAGCCAAAAUUUAUUAAAGAAGCCCCUUUAAUAACGGCACAGGAAUUUGAAGGUGUUCCUGCGUACAUGCGGGGUCGUUUAACAUACGAUCAAAUUAAUGGAGUAGUUCAAGAUUUGAAUAAAGCAGUGGUUAGCAAAUAUAAGAUCUUACAUCAGCCAAUGAAAUCUAUGAGCUCUGCUGUCAGAAAUCUCUACCACAGAUUCUUGGAAGAAGAAACCAAGGAUACUAAAGGUGAAUUUUUUAUCGUGGAGGCUGAUAUAAAAGAGUUCACACAACUGAAGGUGGAUAAGCGCUUUCACAGCAUUCUGAACAUCCUCCGGCAUUGCCAAAGAGUGCGGGAAGUCCGUGGUGCACGACUCGUCCGUUACGUUAUCUGCUAAUAUGGUUUUGGACUUGAUUUUGCCCAGGAUGAAGGGCAUAAAUAUUUUGUUAGGCAUAAGGAUUUGUUUGCCUUCAGAAAGUCGGAAGACACUAUACAUAGAAAUUCCCUGCUUUGAAUUAUUAUAAGUCUGCUUUCAUGUGCAUUCAUUCUCCAGGAUUAGAAACAUCUAACGGUCUUGAAAUGUUUAAAGUUGUUUUGAUUUGAAUUGUUGAGUUAGGCUACUGUCGUUUGAUUCCGGUGUCUUGUACUGGCCUUUACUCCCAUUAUAAAUAACCAAUCCAAGGUAGAAAUGAAUGUAACUGACACCCCAAUGGUUGCAGUGGUUUCAUGCGGUUGUCAGGUAGAUGUCUUAGCCACUGUACAAGUGGUGGCCUGAAAAACUGCAUUCUCAGCAGUGUAAUACCGCUUUUUUGUUUAUAAAAUGGAGAUUGUCCUGAACAAUGGAUAAUUGUUUGGGGGUAUGCAUUUCAUUUUGUUAAUGCAUCAAACUGAUUUCCAUUAUUCCACUUUUUGUACAAUCUUUUUCUUCUAACCCUAAAGUUGUUUUGAGGGUUUCCAAAAUGAGCCAGGCAUGCAGCUCUGAAGUGGAUAAAUGCUUCCAAACUUGAUGGUGAUGGUUCCAUAAUCUAUUGGUUUUUCACAUUUCAUCAGUCAGAUUUCUUCUUCAGUCCAACCCAUUUAAUCAAAACAAAUACUAGAACCAUGAUAAUUUUGGCUUCUAUUUUGAAAAUAUUUAACACUGAGAGUUCUUAUUCUAGAACAUUGCUUACCCACUAGCUUCUAUAUAACCAAUCUUAGAAUAGAUUUUGUUUUUGCAAUAAAUUCCAAUGUUGCAGGCA